GCAAAAACGAAACGGACGCAGUGCUGAGUACUUUUCUCCGCGCAUUUUUAUCGCGUUACCAAUUUCCAGCGUCGAAAAUGGACGUUAUGGAAAAUGAUACAUUGGCCUAUUAGCUAUAAUCAUUCGAUUCCUUGAUCCUGUGAAACUCCGAGAGGUCGCCGAGGAAAGUCUCGAGGAUCCUUCGAGCGUCUUCGCCUGCCAUUUCUGCGUCGACCGCGACACGAUGCUCGUCCGUACAUGGAGAAGUGCUUCGAUAAAGGGAGUUCCCACUAUCGUACCAUGGUACUCCGGGGUAGCGCGCAUGCACCAGUUGGAGGGGCAAGAGCCACGCACGCAACACCGGACAAGUCAGACGUGAGAAAACAGAGAUGAGCAAGCGAAUGGAGACCGUUGCCACAAUGACCUGCAUGAAAAGCCUGCUGAUGCUCUUCAACUUUGUCUUCUGGGCGUCCGGAGUGCUGAUGCUGUGCAUUGGCAUAUGGAUGCGCAUCCAGAUGCGAGAUUACGUGUACCUAAGCACAGAGAACAGCGGUGCGGCUCUCUUAGGUCUGUCGAGCUUAGGCGCAGUGUUGGCACUCGCAGCGACGCUCGCGUGUUGCUGCACCGCGCGCGGUCAUCCGGCUCUGCUGUAUUUGUACGGCGCAUUCUUAGCCGUUGUAGCAUUACUGGAACUUGGUGCGGGUGCGUCGAUUUACGCUUACUGCACAAGCCUGAACGAAGGAUUCGAUCAAGGUCUCAAUGAAAGUAUGGCAACCUACGCACAGGAUUACGCCAAGAGCAGCCAUAUCGACACUAUGCAGACGACUUUGCAUUGUUGCGGCAGUCGUGCUUACACCGACUGGCUUCGCAUGUAUCCUCCCAAGGAGAUUCCUCUGUCCUGCUGCAAGGUGCCCCAGGAUGAAUGCGAGACGAGCAACAUGGAAAAUAUCUAUACGGAGGGAUGUUACAAUCGUGUCUUGGACUUUCUGAAUGCCAACAUCGGUCUGGUAGCCGGCACGGCCAUCGGUGUGGCCUUCUUCCCGCUAGUGGGCGUCUUCCUGGCCUGCUGCUUAGCUAGCAUCAUUAACAAAGCAGAAUAUGAGCAAGUUGCUUAGGCUUGGUAUUCGCGCAAGCAGCAACGACGGUACAAUCAAAAAGGAAAACGUCGCUAGCGAUAACCCAUGAACAUUAGGAUGGUUUUUAUUUACUCUUGGUGAAAAUUUUUUGGGAAUCUUUUUUUACGUUACUCCCCCCCUCCCGUUUAGUUCCAUUUAACGAAAAAAUAAUCUGUGUAAAAUUUCAGCUCAAUCGGAUAAAGAGAAAGGGUGCCUCUGAGAGCUUGAAAAUCGAAAAAAUCAUAAAAUCACAGAAAAAAUCAGUUUUAUUUGUUUAUCUUGUGAAAUAUUAAUUAUAUGCAAAAAAGUAUCAUAUAAAAGUUGUAAAUCUAUUAAAAAUGCACAUAUUAUCAUGUACCAUUUUUUUUCGUACGAUUAACAAUUUUUGAGAAAAAUGUGAAAACCAUUUCUUUUUAUUCAAUACUACAAAUCUUGACGCUGGGAUAAAGUCUCUUUCACCCUUUCCCUUUAUCCGAUUGAGCUGAAAUUUUACACAGAUUAUUUUUUCAUAAAAUGGAACCAAACGGGGAAGCGGGGUAGCACGAAGAAAAUUUAAAUUUUAAAAAUAACCACCCUAAUGAACAUACACGACUUAAUGGCAACACAAAAAUGAUUGCAAUCGAGGCAGCUGGUCAUUUUGUCAGUUGAAUUUUAAUCGGAGGCCUCGAUGGGAAAGAUCAAACGAGUCUAUUAUUCGUGAAAUCGCAUCAUAAUUAAACCAAACCUUGCGAAUUAUAGACUUGUGUCCUCUUUGCGCUGAUCUCUUCAAUCCUCACUUGAACAUUCGCAGUUGAUCGAUGUUAAAAUUUACAUUCGUGUUCCAGCCAUGAAGCCUUUCGAACAAAAAAUUCGUUAAGUUAAUAUUUUGUUAGGAUAUAUUUACCUGAUAACAUGUUGUUAUAGAAUAAUUAUAAUUCUCUCGUGCGCUUUGAUCUUAUAUGAGAAUGUGUGUUCGAAUGUACUUUAAAUGACAAUUAAAAAUAAUACAGUAAGUUUCCUGAUCUCAAAGAAUCCACGAGGUCUCGACGAGAUUAUGAAAGAUAUGGAAUUACUAGCAGAGUCCUAUGUUUAGACUCUACUUAUAAAAAAAGAGAAAAAAAAACCGAAAGUGAUGAGAAAUAUAUUUCACAAUAAUAAGAAAUUUUUAAGAAGUUAGGAAAGAUAGUUGUUCCAAUCAUUGAACGGAAUUGAACAAUGAUGACGCAUUUCCUCACAUAAGAGGGUCGAACUGUAUUGCAAAACUAAAGUACGAUUGAUAAUCUUAUGAGCCGACGGUAUAUUAAUAACGUGAUUGUUGCUCUCUGCUUUCGGAAGAAACGUUUAUAAUCGUGUCUAUUGUGCAGCGAACUGAAUGAAACUCGACCAUAGUAUCGGGUUCUAAAACUCAGCAAAAGUCAAGCAAAAGUCAAAUGUAAUGAAGGUAAAACGACUAGAAAUACAAAACUGUAUCGAUAGCAUAGAUUGUCAUUUCUACCGAUCGAAUUGUAAUACGAAGAGUUUGCGGUAAAGUUAAUAAGUUUACUUAACAAACGUCUGUUUACGACGAUAAUAGGAUGUAAAUUAUUAUAUUUUGAAGCAAAUCUUUGGAUUUGCAAACGAUUUCUUCCUCUCGGAUCUUAAUUUCUUCAUAUGAAGAGUCCUUGAAUCUACUGAAUCUUCUAUUCUUAGAGAUCUUCCACACGUCCUUCCUCAAUUUUAAAGUUCUCGAAUAUAUGAUCGUUUUUCACGAACUUAUUAAUAAACCAUGCAUAUUCUAUACAUGGCUUUGCAUACAAUAUCUUGUCUCCAAAUACUUGAUUACAUCCUAUCUCACCGCGCAUUCUAUUCGAAAUGCGGCGGUAUUCUUGUCUGAUGUACUAGUAAAUCCGAAUCUAGCAUUUAUAUCGAACGAAUGAAGCUUUUAAAAGAUAGACAACAAGAUAGACAACAGACAAAAGAUAGAUAAUAUUCUAGAGAAAGAGACAAUGGAAAUAAAAGUCUAUUUCAAGUUAUUGUCAGACGAAGUUAAUGAAACAAAUUGUUAUCCUAUAAUAUAAUCGGAAAAUAUUGUAUUAUUUGUACGUUCUCGCUAACCUAAUUUCCCGACUUUAUAUGUUAGUUCCUGGCGUUUUCGUACAGCUUAAGUCUUUUCUUGUUCUUUGCAUACUUUGUGACGUUUUUCUACAUUUUUUUUCUAUAUUUCUUUUCUAUGUUUCAUAGGCUAUCGCUUAGAAUAUUCUUUUACUCCGAUUUACUUUACCCUUCGAUCAUCAUUUACCAGGUCGAUAGCCGUUGGAUUA